UGCAUUAUGGAAAGGAACCAGUAAACCACUGUUUGCAAUAACCCACAGUCCUUAGCGGUGCUCUGUGUUAGAUGUUGUCGACUAACCCACAGUAAGUUUCUCAUCACCAGCCAUGGCACACGGUGGGAGCUUCACUGUUAACGUUUGUGAAAAGGAUUCUUACAAUGAACGCUCUGGAGAAAGUGGACCCAGUCAGAAGUCUUCCCUACUCUUCAAAGAACCAGCGUUCAAUGUCCAGGAGUAUCCUGAAGCCAUACAGAUGGGAACGUUCAUAGAACGCUUAGACUCGUCUGACAGCGAGUCGACAAGCAGCAGUGAAAGAAGCAAAGAGUCACUGAACUGUAAGCCGAGGUGCUCUUUACAAAGAAAUAACUGGUCAGCCGCCACAAAGAGGGUGCUCUCCUCCAUGCCCAGUCGCACCACUGGGUUGCAUAGUUCUGCAGGCAUAGCCAUGAAAGCCAGACGGACACCUGCUGAACUGCCUCCCCGGACCUCGUCCCAUGACUCCCUUCACACCCCCAGAGUCACCCAGGAAGACGGAACAAAAUACUUGGUUGGUUCAAGGUGCGCUGAAGGCAGUAAGGAGCAGUUGGUGUCGGAUCUCCGAGGCCUCUCCGUGAGUGAAGGCAUGCGUAAGCUGCGAGCCAUGCCGCUCAGCCUGGUGGACAAGAGGGAAAUCAGGAAAUGUUCUUUUAGCCCUGCAGCUAGGAAUUCACUCAGCAGGAACUUCUUCUGCAACAAUCUCCUGAGCACAUACAUUUCAAGGAUGUGGCGCCACUGCACGUUCACAGGCCACCCUAUUGUCAGCUUCCUGAAGUUGUGGAACUCGUCCUUGAAGAAGCUGAGUGGACGCUACGGGACCGGUGUCCUCUCCUACUUCCUCUUUCUCCGGACCAUCCUGUUCAUCAACCUGCUCCUCUUCACCAUCACCUGCUUGUUUCUGGUCAUUCCUCAGGCCAUCCACCCUCCUCCGACUGACUCGCGUCUUAACAGCUUCACCGGCAUCGAGCUUCUCACUGGCACGGGUUACCUCUCUCAGAGCUUGAUGUUUUACGGCUACUACUCGAACGUCACGAUUGAAAUGAAUCAGCUGGCGGCCCACAGUGCGGUGACACACAUGGUGCCCUAUUGCAUACCCACAGCCUAUUUCUUUACCAUCACUAUUUCCUUCUUUAUUAUCUGCAUCGUUCUGGUGUACAGCAUGUCCAAGUCCUUCGGGAAAAGUUUUCAGGUGUUCAAGUCCACCGGGGAUCUGUCAGAAAAGGUUUUCUGCUCUUGGGACUUUAAAGUCAUCAAGAGGCCAUCUAUCAGACUGCAGUCCGAGAAAAUCAGCACUCAACUCAAA